AUGACGUCACAACGACAAGCCAUUCGUGACACUUGGGGUAGUGUUUCCACCCUGGGUACAUGGCCUGGGACAACAGAACAAUUUUCCAUUAAAUUAUUGUUCGUCUUGGGUGCUAGUAAGACUGAAUCCUUGAACAUCGCGGUCGCCAUAGAAGCAGUGGAAAAGGGAGACUUGAUCAUGGUAGACGUUGAUGACAAUUACUACAAUCUGGCAACUAAGGUCUUGAUGGGCUUCAAGUGGAUCAAAGAGUUCUGCCCCAUUGUUAAACACGUCAUGAAAGUUGACGAGGAUACUUAUAUAAAUAUUCCUCAGUUUGUAGCAUUAAUCAACUCCCGUGAUUGGAACAAUCUCAUAUAUGGGCCAUACUUUCCUUCCGCACCGGUAGAGAGAGAUGGAAAGUCGAUGGUAUCGGAGGAAGCCUAUCCUAUAGCUGUGUACCCUCCACACGUGAAGGGGAACAUGUACUGCAUGUCCGCCACUGUUGCCAUGGAGAUCCUGGCCGUCUCCGAAUACAUGCCCUACGUGAACAUGGAGGACGCGUAUAUCACUGGAAUACUGGCUAAAAUACUCGACGUCAGACACGCUGGAAUACCGGGGGAAUUGUACAAUUUACAUUCAGCUGCUACCCCGUGUGAAUUAGCAACUGGGAAUAAAAUGGUAUCUCAGGAGAUAUUUAAGCAAACAUUUUACAGAACGUGGGCGAAAGUUAUAGACCCUUCCUUGUGUUGAUCUGUCCAAUCACAUUUAUGGUAACAUGAAACAUAUCCAGAGUAAACUCACUUCCUUGCUCUUUGUGUUGUUCAGUCAAAGGCAGUGUAACCUAAGUUAAUUUUAAAAAAAGUCCUCUUGAUGACGGUCCAAUCAAAUGUAUUAUAACAUGCACAUACCCAGAGAUAGACUUACAAUAACAACUUUUGUCCACAAUACACCUCAAAAAUGUGCCUGUUACUUCACUUUCUGAGAGAGAGAGAGAUGUUGAAUUAAAAAAAAAAAAGUUUU